CCAGCAGAGUUAUGCCAUUGCACUACUCCGUUUUAAACAGAAGGGGGAUCCGUGCUGGAAUAUAUGUCCAGACCCAUGCUCCGCUGUGUUCAUAAAGAUGCAAAGUCCCACAUGGAGGAGAUGAAUGGAACCUGGUUGGAGGCGAAGAGAGCGAGAGAGAGAGAUAUUUAAAUGGAACUAUAGAAAGAGGCAGAAUCGAAGGAACAGAUGGACUUGGGCGGAUUAAGUGAAAUCUGGGUGGGUUUGUCACAAACAUUCAGUCGAGGUUGAGAAUGAAUAAAAGAAAACACAGUGAGAGACAGUGAAGUAAUAGAAGUGAAACAGAGGUGAAGUGUCUUUACAGCUGAAGUACAGGUGUCUGGAGGUCUCUUGACAGACCAGGAGAGACAGAUGUACCUUUCUCUCACAGAUCAUGAGGAGAUCAUGAAGGAUUACAAAGAAAGGAUUACAAAGAAAUGGAUGUUGGUGAUUAAGACAUACAAUAAGAACGGAAUUCUCCGAAAAUCUCGGUAAAUCUCUCCAAGAAAGAGACCAGGUGGGAGAUGGGCAAAAUCAAAGAGAAGAACACGGUCUUUCUUGAUUGACUGCACGACUUAUCGUGACCAAUUUCAUCUACGUGCUGAGCUGAAGAACAUAAACACCUCUGAAUGUUCAGCAUGAAUCUGCCUCAUCUCCAUUGCCUUUGAGGACGUAUUGGCCACAUUUGUUGGCCGUAGACAAAGGGAACAUGUUUAACACCUACUGAUCCGUUUCUGCUUUUCACCCAAGACAUUUUUAUAUGGAAACCUAAGGCACUGUAUCUGGUCCUGUCUGUGUCAGUCCACCAUGUUGGAGCAUUUGUCCCGCAGGAAUCGGUCCUUGCUGUCUCUCUCGCUGACCUCUCUGGCCCUAGCGCUGUCCGUUUUGGCCUUCUGUACCUCAUACUGGUGCGAGGGGACACAUAAAGUGGUCAAACCUCUCUGUCUGUCACCGGUCAAAAUGAAAAACUGCGGGCAGAACAACAGCCAGCCCUACACAACUGAGGUCCCAACAGCAGACCCCAAGAAAGCAGACUCCAAUGUGACAAUGUCCCCCAAGCAGGAGGAGGAACUGGCCCGUAUGAGAGCCAAUAAUCUAGCAAAUGCAGUUCACUACAUCUGGGAGACGGGUGAAGACAAAUACAUGCAGCGCUACUUUCACACUGGCUUCUGGUUGUCCUGUGAGAAACACAAUGACGGUACUGGUGAGAAAUGUCGGAGCUUCAUUGAGCUGACCCCUGGAGAAACACAAGGAGUUCUGUGGCUCUCAGUGAUAUCAGAAUUUGCAUACAUCAGCCUUCUGGCGAUGGGUUUUCUUCUGAUGUGGGUGGAAUUGCUGCUCUUGUGUCUGAAUAAGGACAUGUAUGCACUCAAGAUCAAUGCUUUUGCUGCCAUCUGCACCGUGCUGUCUGGUCUGAUGGGAAUGGUGGCACAUAUGAUGUAUACAACAGUAUUUCAGAUGACUGUCAGCAUUGGGCCCAAAGAUUGGAGACCUCAGACGUGGGACUAUGGCUGGUCAUUUGCCAUGGCGUGGAUCUCCUUCAGCUGUUGCAUGGCAGCAGCUGUAUUCACCUUGAACUCUUACACCAAAACCCUGAUUGAGAUGAAGCACCGUGCUCGGAUCCGUCUGGAGGAGGCCCGUGCUGCCAGCCACGCGCCCCCCUAUGAUGAGGUCAUCACAACCGGUGGUGAGAGCCUCUACUCCGUCAGUCGCCUCGUUCAGCAAUGCCAGCAGGGUGCGUUUAUCGACACCUCAUGGAGCCCCGGGGAGGAUGUGUCUGGAGGGGGUAUGGUGGGGGCAAAGAGUCCUCAUGGACUGGUACUAGUGGGGGGGUGUGGGAGAGAGGGAUGCGAGGACUGCGAGAGAGAAAUGGAUGAGGUGGAGAAUGCAUUAGAGAGGGAAGGCAAUGAUGAAAUGUGUUGAGGAGAACACCUUCAGGACAUCCUUCAUCAUCAACAGUAUCAGUGACCAUGUUUAAAUGCGCAUCAUUUUCUAAUUUAGAUCCAUAUUUUGGUUAGGCCUUCAAAAAAGAAGUUAACAUGCUCCACAGGUGUUGAAAUAUCCAUGUAUUCAUGUAAUCAGCAUACUAGACGUGAGUCAUUUUGGACUGUAAUUUUAUUAUUCAAUGUAAAUCAUGUCCUGCAUGCAAGAGUGGGAACUUUUGUGUCAAUUUGAAAUGUAGGUCUUGAUGUUUAUUUUACUGUUUGUACAAUAAUAGUAAAAAAAAUCUUCCAAUAUGUUUGUGUUCACAUGAUUUAGAUGUAGAGUUUUAGCUCCAUGAGUUCUGAGAACAUUUACACUUUCAAUUUAGUUUGGAUCACGUCUGACUUUCUAGGUUGUGUCAAUCUGUACAAUCGUUCUUCACUUUAUUAUAUUUUGAGCUUUCAAUAAGAUCCCCCAAGCACAAUAUAUCAGAUAAUCUGAAUAUACAACAAGACGGUGGACAGAUUACAAAAAAAAAGAAAUAAAUAAAUACCAGCAGCUUUAGACAGGAAAAACAGGAAUACCAGCAGCUUUAGACAGAUGCUUUCAAAAGCCUGACAGAAGAUUAUGUGAAUAAUCUCCCCAGAAAGACACAGAGAUAAAGUGAGAGAUGGAGAGAAGAAAAUCAGAAUCACAAAACAAAGAGAGGAGUUUUUUUUUACUUUGUUUUUAAGCCAAUAUUCACUCCGUGAUGGUCAUGUAACAGCAUACAUAUUCAAGUUAUGGUAAGAGUAUACACAACACAUAAUUACAUGUGUUACUGUUUAAUGUUCCAUUCAAUCAAUAACUAACCUGUAAUAUGUAAUAUUCUGUCUGGAGAGAAAAAAAAAAAUCUUUACACAACUGUUGCAAUAACACAAUGUAAUAUAGUGUGAAAUAUAAACCCUAAGAAGAUUGUUUGGAUUAACAUACAAUGAAAUGACACCAUAUCUUAAUAUGAGAGAAUAAUUCAACAAUUUCAAAAGGACACUAAACAAUGGCAUUCAUCAACCCGAAUUCAAACUGCAAUCUAAAAAAGACUAAUAGAGUUAUAAGUUAGGCCUAUGUGGCAAACAAACCUCUAAUUCAACAAAUGCAUGACGGAAACCAAACAUACCCUCAACAUAGAAAUAACAGGCAAACUGAAUAGAAUAGAAUAUUUCAACUAUUUUUAAAAUAGGUAUCUUUUACUUAAAGCAACUGUAUGUAGUUUUGUGUAUUUUUGCAACUUUGGAGUGCCUUAAUGAGAAGAAUUCACUGUUGCAAUCACGUGAUUCUGAAGACUCGCAAAAUUCAGAUGGAGGACGGGAAGUGAAAAGCAGAAUGGAUGAGAUGGAGGAAAGUAAAUACUUUCCUUGAUAUAUAGCCUAUAAGUUACAUAUCUAUGGGGUUACCAGCCACUUUUCCUGCAUUACAGUCAAUUUCUUGCCUUUUACCCCCUUAUGAACAACAAAUUUUAAUACACAAGAAAAGCUCCUUGUGGUUUAUCAAUUUGACCGACUUGAACAUCCAUAACGCCAUCUUCAAGAAUCAUCCUUAGCCAUCUUCAAGAAUCGGCUUAAAACCUCUCUCUUCUAUCUUUGUUUGAGCCUCUAACUUUAGCACUCACUAUUCUAAUACUAUUCUUUAAAAAUAAAAUCUAACUACAUUUCUAAU